CAUAUCUUUGGUGAGAACAUGAGCUAAGUCUGAGUCUUUGGACCAGUUGGUUCACUUCCUCUUGGCUUGCUGUGUUUCCAGUUGGGUAAUACCUCCCGUUUUGUCAGGGUUGGCUUCAUUUCCUGUUACUUGAUCGUUAAAAUACAGAGUGUUUGAGAAGAAUAGGGUGCUGGCGUUGUCGAGGAUUGGCCAGACACAAUGAAGGCGAUUUUUAUCACUUCAUCUUGCGCAAAUUAAUAUCUCACAGUUUGAACAGUAUUUCAAAAUGCCGUUUUUGUUUUUGUUUUUCCUUGUAAUGUUAUGAAGAAUAUGUCUUUAUUUCUAGCCUUAUUGGUCCUGGCUGCAAACCCCUCCAUUUGUAAAGGCCAGCACGAGAACACCUGCAAUGUAGUCCUUAAAGAUCAAUACAUCGAAUGGGGAUCCGAUACCGACAUAGUGUACCUGAGCUCAUGUGUCCCUCCCAAAAUCUUCUGGACACUGAACAACAGACGCGUGGAGGAAAGCCAGUGGAGAUCCGUCAACUCCACCCACGCCGUCCUGUCACUGAGGAACUUCACCCAUCAGAGCGCCAUACUGGAGUGGCACAGUGCCGAUACUCAUCAAGUCCUCGGAGGCACCACCAUCACGGCAUACUCAAAACCCGGCAAAAUAUCAUGUAUUUUGUAUCAUAAAAAUCAGUCGGACGAACUGUCGGUAAACCUCUUCAAAUGCAGCUGGGAGGAUCCGAACAAACCGUCAGCGCAAAUACUCUACACUGUCCUGCUUUCCACCUCGUCCAACACGUCCCCGAGGGAGGUCUGCAGAUCAAAUUCUAAAUACUGCAUAUGGACUAAAUCCAGUAGAAUAAGUCCACUUGAUACGGUGACUAUUACCGUGAGAGCUAAAGCUGCUGCCUGGGAAGCUGGCUCCGACCCACGUGCAUUUUUCCCAGAUCACAUAAGGAAAAUGAUUCGUCCCAAAUUAACCGUCACGCCGUUCCCCGAUCACGUGUCGGUCCAGUGGCUCCGAGCAAGUUUCUCGAAAGAGUGUCACUGUGAAGUCAGUUACAGAAAGGCUGUUGAUGGAGGACGUCUUAUAGAGUUGAGGCCCAAUACAGUUCCAGAGAGGAGUCACGGGAAGGUGCACAUUGAAGAGUGGGAUUCCUGCAGUAACUACACAUUUUCAGUCCGCUGUGCUUUACACGAGGCCCCCUGGAGCGACUGGAGCGAGAAGAAGACCGUUUUGACCAAACUAAAAAAGAAAGAUGUCAAACCGCUCCUGUGGAGAAAGGUGUCUGAACCAACUGAGGGUGGAGUUAGAAAAGUCCAUGCCAUGUGGAAAGAGUUUCCUUCAACAUGCCGAGACACCUUCACCUCGAUCAAAAAGGCUCCCAACAAGGAGGGGGCAGAUCACGAGGAGGCCUCGUGUGCCACCUCAACUUGUGAUGUUUAUGUGAACCGAGAUGCGCACAGAAUAAUACUCACACUCCUCCAAAAUAAAACCCUGCUUGUGGAGGAUUCUGUUUAUGUCCCCGCCAUUGGAGAGAGCCUCCCUCGAGUCACCGACAUCCGGACCUCCACGCGCGAAGGUGUCAUCCUGGUCAGCUGGAAGGCUUCAACGGAGCCCGCCACUGGGUACAUGAUCGACUGGACGCACGGCGGAAAUCAAUACUAUUGGGAGGAGAGCGGAUGCACCAACGCAACGCUGUCCGGCCUCCUGGACAAGCAGCCGUACAACAUCACAGUGACUCCCCUCUUUGCUGACCGGACGGGUCACGGCGCGCGAGCCCUUCAGAUCUGCUCCGGGGAGGGAGAUCCGGGAAAUGUGGCAAUCCAGGUUCAAGCCAAGGCCAAAAGUGCCCUGGUGAGCUGGACUGUGAGGCGCCGGGGGGCGUGCGGCGGCGCCGUCGUCAACUACACCGUCCGCUACGGCGCACAGAGGGGGCCGCGGCUCAGUGUAACUGUAGAUGGGAAAGAGCGGCUCAUCUCCUUGAAAGACCUGCGCCCGGAAACGCAGUACAGCGUCCACGUGGAGGCCGCGGCGCUCACCGGAACCACCAAAAGCCGCGAGACGCUCUUUUACACCAAAAGGUUUGAUCCGGAGCACGUCACAGCAGUCAGCGUCUCCGUAAGCGUCGCUGCUCUUCUCGUGUUGGCGCUCGGUUCGUGUGUUGCUGUUCUAUGGAAGAAAUUCAAGAGGAAGCCGGUGCCGAACCCGGCCCUCAGUUCUGUGGUGUUCUGGCCAGCAGCAAGUCAUCAAGAGGGAACGUGUCCCUUGCAGCCAUUCAGCAAUCCUUCAGAGAUCCCCUGUGACCGGGUCGACGCCGGAGAAGCUCUGUCGCCCCCGUCCACCUCCUCGCCCGCUGCCCGCUGCGACAGUGACGCAGGAGGUGAGCGGACGGAGGAAUACGUCGACCCCCCCGCGCUACCAGCGCCAGGAGACCCCGUCAAGUCCACAGAGACGCGGCGCCCGUCUCCUCCGGACGAUUCGACGGGCCCGCUGCUUCCGGAGAACAGCCCGUAUCGAAGACAGAACUCCGUGGAAAGGUCCAGUAAACAAUGUAAGCGUGUUUUAGUGAAACCGACGGUGACCGUUUAUGUCACUUUGGACAUGUUUGAACAAGGCCAGGAUUGUUGAGGGGAAUGAAAAUCAAAUCAAAUCUCAACAAUCCAAGAAAUAAAGACAAGGUCAAUAAGCUCCCAAUAAAACAGACGUGUUGCAGCUUUAGUGCAAAGACUUCCACGGUGAAGGCAAUGUGUCCACUGUGGAAUAAAAGUAAACAGAAAUGAUUGUGCUCUUAUGUCACACUCGAUAACCCGGGUCAAAAAAUGCUGUUCUUUGUGUAGAUAGAGGUUUAUUGUGCUAUUGUCUAUCAUUUAUGAUGACAACAUGUAACAUUUAUGGCUAAAUAAUGUGUGUAUCGCAAUCAAUGAAAGGUUGUUUUUUUUCCCCAGAAGUGACAUUUUUCACGCCAUUAUGUUUACCAUUUAAAACUCUUAUUUUUGAUAACCGUUAUUUUAUAAAGCUUUUGGGGCACACUUUAUGUUGCGGAAAUGAUUAAACAAAUAUGUAUCCUACAUGUACAGAUUGUAUAAUAUAACAUUAAAAAGCACAGGUUUUUCCAGAGAUACUUGGUUGAUGUAAGUGAACGGUGAGAAUAUUAAGUUGUAAAAUUCCUAAUUGUUAAAAUGACUGUAAACUGCUGGAAUUACUCACUGUAAUCUUACCUGUACAACUUGGCAUCACAUUUUAACAUGACAUAAGCUUUCCAUGAGCCCAAUUUAAUAGCAUUAAUUGUUUCACAGCUAAUUUUGAAAUAUGCAUGAUAUAAUAGUUGGUGAGGCACAAAAGGCUUCAGAACUGCAUAAAAGAUUUUUACAGAUCUAAUGCAUUAUCACACAUUGAAAAAAUGCUUAUGUGCCACUGUAUAAAUUACAAACACACGUAAUACAUAUUCACAAAGUAAAUAACUCUGAACACUGGCUUUAUUUGUAUUUUAACAUAACUGUUUUUUUUAAUAAACCAAACUAUGUACAUUUUGCAUUGGACAAGCUGUCUUGUUAUUUACAGUUUUAAUGUACUGCUUGUAAAAACAUUGUUAUUUUAUAAAUUUCUAAUGGGUAAACAAUUAAAUCAUAUUAAUAGAGUACUACUAGGAUAUAACAGUCAUUGGCAUACCAACCUAUUAAUUAAUAGAAUAGCAUAAUUUGCAUGCUUUAU